AAAGUGACAUACACGUUGUUAGAUGAAUUACUUAAUCAUGGGAACAUUUUAGAAAUAGUGUUGCUUGUAAGUAAAUACAACGUCUGUCUAAACUAACAUGUAAAUACUUGUAUUGAGAAAAUGCAAACCGAAAAGAAACAGGAAGUACUAGAAAAGUUUCUAAGGUAACUUUCCUCUUCAAGAGCACAAUCGCAAAACUAAUUCAAAUUAUAUGUUGCUUGAUUGCUUGAUACAGAAAACCAUUGCCUAAGAAGUUAACGAAGCUGGUAUGCUUUUGCUGAAAAUUGAUUUAACACAAGCUAUAUCGACGAAGGAUCAAUGCUCGUUUAUUGUUGAUAUGUAACCGACCGAAUUUACGAAAGGUUAUUAACAAUGGUUGAAUGCAAAUCUUCUACUGGGGAAUAUUUAUUAAAUAUAAUGUCACAAACUCUGCGUGCAUUAAACAUUGAUAUAUUAAAGUGCAUCGGUUAUGGAACUGACGAAGCUGCCAACAUGAAUGGAGAAUACAAAGGAUUCGCAGCAUGGAUGUUCAAAGAAAUUGCCAACCAAAUGCAUUUUUGGUGUUAUGCUAAUGUUCUUAAUUUGGUUAUGUCAGCUGUUUGUACUACCGUACUUUCUAAUAUUUCACUAUUUAAUUUAUUGAAUGAAGUAGCAGUUUUUAUUCGUAGAUCAUAUUAGAGAAUGGACAUUUUUUUGGCAGAAAAUCAAACUGACGAACACCAUCGCAUGGUUUCAACUAUUGGCGAAACACGUUGGUGGUCAAAGGAUGCUGCACUUACAAAAUAUUUGUCGAGUUUGCAUAUCCAGAGUGUGGUUUAUACGUUAAACUUGUAAUUACAUUGUUUCACAUCUAAAACAAUUUAAGUUUUAUACCUGAUGUUUGUGUAAAGACGAUAGGCUUUAAAGAUGGACUGCUGAAAUAUGAAACGAUUUUAACUACACAGAUAUAUUUACGUAUUUUUCAGUUAACAACACCACAGUCGAAUUAUUUGCAAACCAUUAGUAUGGAUAUUUUGAUUGAUAACGACAAGCAUGAUAACGUGAUAACGAAACGUGAUAACGAAACUGCAGAAAAACUAAAAACUUAUUCUACAGAGUUUGAUAUUAAUGGUUAAGAAUAAUUUUGUCAGUAAAGUUGAUAAAAAAACUUGAUUUACAUGACAAGGAAGGAAAAAUUACUCUGCUAGAAAAGAGAAUUAAACAGAAAAAACUAUUUCCUUAUAAAGAUGGUUCAGGCCAACUGGAACUUCCUCUAGAUAUUCUCAAUUCUUAUAAAGUAAAAUUUUAUGACGUAAUGUUUAAAACCAUCAUAGAAAGCAUGAGCAUGUGUUUUCAAGGAAGUCAAGAGUUUUAUGCUAAUUUCUCUCUUUUAAGCCUUGAAAACUUUGAACAGUUAAAAAUUCAAAAUAUACCAACUACUGCUCGAAAAAAAUUGAGUGAACAUCUAUUGCCAUUUGAUGAAUAAGCAACAGCAGAAAGUUUAUGUAUAGAGCUUAUCUGUUUCAUUUGGAUCUGGGAUAGCAUUAAAGACUCCGUUUUGACUACAUACGUAGCCAAAACGGAAUCUUUAAUGCUAUCUAUCACAAAGUCAUAUGUAUGACUUAGGGAUAGAAAAUUUAGGAAAGGUUGAAAAACUUGGAAUAAAUUUUCAUAAGUCAUUUGUUGCCUGCAAAAAUUGUACCAUUUGCUGUUACCUGGUUUUGAUUCAAUACAAUUUAGUAAAAGAAACAUAUGCAAGAAAUGGUUUAGCAUAUAAGUAUAUUUUUUCACUUUUAUUCACGCAAGUUGCAUGCUAAAGUAGCAUGCAACUUGUAUUGCUUAUUCAUAAUGUCCUUUAGUUUUGUCCUUUGAUGUCCACAGUACUUUUAAUAAAAUAUUUACCGAAUGAAUCACGAGAAGAAGUGGUUUUAAUUUAUUUAAAAACAGGUAUCACGAGAAGUAGUAAAAGUAAAGAAAUCCUUUUAAUUGAACAUUUAGAGAUUGUAUCACGAGAAGAAGUGCUUGCAGUUCAUUUAGAAACAGAUUGUAUCACGAGAAGAAGUGGUGGCAGUUCAUUUAGAAACAGAUUGUAUCACGAGAAGAAGUGGUGGCAGUUCAUUUAGAAACAGAUUGUAUCACGAGAAGAAGUGGAAAAUAUUUCUGUGCUCUAAGAUAAAGAUUGAAAUAGUAAUAAAAAAAUCAAUAAAAACAACUCGAUCUGCUAAAUCACAUUAUAUUAGAAGAGUAGUGAAGCAAAUGAAAUUCACUCAACAAGUAAUGUUGAAAAUACGAAUGAAUUACUUAACUGUGAAAAUGCAAUAAACUUCAGUGAUAAGUCUAUUAAUCAUAAGAUGUUAUAUCAAAAUUCUUAUAUUUAUUUGGCUAGAGACACAUUAAAAUCCUCAAAUGUUGAGUUUGGUGACAUAUCAUAUUUUGAUGAAAACCAACCCUCGAAUUUGACUAAUAAUUCUGAUGAUGACUGUAACAUAACUGAUGAUGAGCAUGGCUACUAUCAUUCAUGUUCCAGUGACAAUGAAGGCUCAGGAUGAAGUUACUUUGAAACUUGUUUGCUGGUCAGUCAAACACAAUGUAACACAUAGUGCUUUAUCAGAUUUACUAAAAAUCUUGUCAAAACAACAUCCAGAUUUGCCCAAAGAUAGUAAAACCUUAUUGAAAAUAAAAAGCAGUUCUGACAUUAUUAUCAUGCAAGACAUGUUUGGGCAAACGGCAGAGUUUGUUUCUUUUGGUUUGAAACAUCAUCUAAUUAGUUUGCUAGUGUUUAAAAGCAUUGAAAGCUGCAAAGUUAGUUUAUUGUUUAGUAUUGAUGGAUUGUCUUUGUAUAAGAGCUCUAGAAAACAGUUUUGGCCAAUACUUUACAGUGUUACAAUUGGUGAAAAUAUUUGUAAACCAUUUGUAGUUAGCAUAUUUUGUGGCAACAGCAAACCUAAAAGUUCAGCUAUUUUUCUAGCUAGUUUUGUAGCUGAAUUCAAUGUUUUGAAGGAACAAGGUUUGUUUAUAGGUGAAAAUCACUUUACCAUUCAUGCUAAAGGCUUUGUGUGUGAUGCACCUGCACGUGCUUUUGUUAAAUGUAUAAAAGGACAUAAUGGGUAUUAUGGUUGUGAACGAUGCAUUCAAAAGGGAACUAAGGUAGAUAAUAGAACUGUAUUUCCUGAUGUAAAUACAAUGAAGAGAACAGAUGCUUCCUUUGCAUUAUUCCAGCAAGUUCAGCAUCACAAACCAGAUGCAGUACCCCCACUGUUAGAGCUUAAUAUCGGUCACAUCUCUCAAUUUCCACUAGAAUAUAUGCAUCUAUUUUGUCUUGGUGCCACACGAAGGUUACUUCUGCAUUGGCUUUGUGGAAAACGUGCAGUAAAAAUAAGCACACUAAUUGCUGAUUUUAUUUUGAAUGGAUUAAUAAAAUUUGGCAGCAUUUGUUACUGUUGAAUUUGCACGUAAACCAAGAUCACUAAAAAACAUUGAUUGAUGGGAAGCCACAGAAUUUUGUUUAUUUUUGUGUUACCUUGGACCUCUAGUAUUACGAAGCCAUCUUACCAAUAAUCUGUACCAGCAUUUUAUGUUAUUGCAUGUCGCAAUUAAUAUUUUAGCUAAUCCAAAUAUGUGCUAGACGCAUGUUGAUUAUGCAGAAAAAUUGUUAAAUAUAUUUAUCAUGCAAAUGCCAGAUUUCUAUGGCAGCAGCUCAAUAAACUACACAAUGCAGAGCCUUUGUCACAUUUGUGAUGAUGUAAGACAGUAUGGUUCACUUGAUGAGUAUAGUGCAUUUCCUUUUGAAAAUGCUUUAGGCAUUAUGAAACAAUAGUUACGAAGUGGCCAUAUGCCAUUGCAGCAGUUGUGUCGACGUUUGUCAGAAAGAAUUAAUAGCAACACAUAUGCUAUCAGUCGCAAUAUGCACCUGAUACCAAGUUUAAAAAAUUACACAGAAAUUGUCCUACUUUAGAGUACUAUGGAAAGCAAUAUCUAAAGGUUGAGUAUGCUUGUUUCAUAUAUUUUUCUGCAAAUUCCAACAACUGUGCUUUACUUGAUGGUGGUAAAAUUGUCCUUAUUGAAAAUGUUAUUGAUGCUGACAAUAUAAUGAUAAUUACACGUGUUUUUGGACUUAAAGAAAAUUUCUAUACCUACCCUUGUGAAUCUUCUUUGCUCAAUAUUUUCAAAGUUAGUCAACUAUCUGAUCAAUUUUUUGCUUUUCCUAUAACUUCAAUUGUGAAAAAAUGCCUAUUAUUGCCUAGAGAAACCUAUUUUGUUAGUUUUGCUUUACUUCAUCGGGGCUAGCAAACAAACUAAAUGUUAGGGUGUUAUUUUAAUGUUAUAAAUUGUUAUAAUUUUUUUAAAGAAAGAACAAUUAUAUUUACUAAAGUCGAUUUUGUUUUAGCUUGAGUUUAAUUUUAUAGUAGUUUUUUAAUCUUCAAAAGUAAAGUUACAAUUGACUGUACAUUUACUGCAGAAUGCCAGUUAACUAAAUCUUUUUAUUUAAAAAUGAAUACGAAAAUAGUUAGUACCAAUUAAUUUUUGUUUUCUUUUUUUAAGUGUUGCAUUUAAACAAAACUAACAAAAGCUCAUAACGAUUUGCAUUUCCUAACAACUAUUAUUUUUGUUUUUAAACUCCAACUUUUUGUGUCUUCUGUCUAUUUUUGACUUAUUUAUAAAAAGAGUAUUUUUUUAUCAGUCCAUUACCAAAGCUAUUUGGAAAAAGUUAUUUUAAGGUUUGUUAAAUUUUUAGCUCUUUUUUUCAUUUAAUGUUUUUUUAUUUUUAUUAUUUUGAAAAUAUAUAAUUUGCCUAUAAUUUAUUUAAGAAUAAUAUUAAAU